UUUUUUUCUAUUCUCAUCAUUUGCGCUCUCUCCAUCGGCAAAACGUCAAAAUAUCCAUUUAUUUUGGUGCCACUUCGCGGUCAGCUGUCACGAUAAGCUGUUCUUCAAUUUGGUUGAUUGUCCCAGCUCAUUCAUUUCCCAGCCCAAUCCAGCAUCAUGACGCUGCUCAUUAAUCCCCGUCGCCCGGAGAAGGUGCACCGCUACAAACCUGUCGACUCGGCCAACCAAGGUGCUGGCGUUGGAGACGAUCUGAUGCCCGAUUACAUGAAUAUCCUCGGUAUGAUAUUCUCAAUGUGUGGUUUGAUGAUGAAACUGAAGUGGUGCGCCUGGUUGGCGCUGUACUGUUCCUGCAUUAGCUUCGCUAACUCCCGGAUUUCAGACGAUGCCAAACAGGUACUGUCCUCGUUCAUGCUCAGCGUAAGCGCCGUAGUCAUGUCGUACCUACAGAAUCCAACCCCAAUGACACCGCCCUGGCAAUCGGUGUAGUCGCUGUAGGCCAACGGUGGUCGGGAAGCACAUAAUCCUAUGUCUAAAGCACAUAAAAGAACGCAACGCUAAUUGUUAAGAAAACUUUCGUGUAAUAAGAAGAAACACUCCGGUGUGGUGGUAAUUAUA